AUGUCUCCAACUCCAGGGGCUGGUAUUCUUCCUACACCGCCUUCUGUUUCUACUCCCUCCGGUUUUCAGGCUACCUCUUCUCCAGCCUAUGGGCCUUCUUCUCAGAAUUUUGGUCGUGGGAGGUUUCCUAAUCAUCGUCCUACCAAUCGUGGUGGUUAUUUUGCUCCGAGGCCAUCCGGUGGUUUUCCUAGGUCUGGUAUCACACCUGAAUGUCAAAUCUGCUCUAAGCGUGGUCAUACUGCUGUGAAUUGCUUUUAUCGCAACCCUUCCUCUACAUCAUCUCCUUCCUCUUCUGUGGUGGAGUGCCAGAUUUGUGGCAAACGUGGCCAUGGUGCUCUUGAUUGUUAUCAUCGCUCAAAUUAUGUCUAUCAAGGCUCUCCUCCACCACCUACUCUCAAUGCUAUGACUGCUCAAGUCUCCUAUGCUCCUGAGACUCUGUGGAUUGCAGACAGUGGUGCUAGCCAUCAUAUGGUGUCCAAUGUCAAUACUUUGGAGUCUGCUCAGCCUUGUGCUUCUGAGAAUAGAGUAACAGUUGGCAAUGGGGAAGGUUUGCCUGUUGCUCAUAUUGGUCAUGCCUCCGUUUCUAGUUCCUCUUCUGUUUUACACAUGUCUAAUGUGUUCCAUGUCCCUAAACUCACUGCUAAUUUGAUGUCUGUGCAUCAGCUUUGUAAGGAGAACAAUUGCUCUAUGAUAUUUGAUCAGUUUGGGUUUUCUAUACAGGACAAGGUCACCAAACAGGUGCUGCUCACAGGGAGGAGUCAUAGUGGCCUCUAUCUGAUUCCUGGUGUGGCUGCUUUCUCCUUACCUCCUAAUAAAGCUGCUUCUCAUGAAGUGGCUUAUCUUGGACAACAGGUCAAGUUCUCCUUGUGGCACAGUAGGUUAGGACAUCCUACUAAUGAAGUGGUUCAUAGUAUGCUUAAGUCUGCUAGCUUACCUCACAUAGUCGAUUCUCACCCUCACAUUUGCCAAUAUUGUUUGAGUGGCAAAAUGCAUAGUUUACCAUUUCCUACUCAUCAUAAUAAAGCUGUAACUCCCUUUCAUCGGAUUCAUAGCGAUGUAUGGGGACCAUCCCCUUGUAAAUCUUUUCAAGGAUAUCGAUACAUUGUUACGUUCAUUGAUGAGUUCACUGGUUUCUCUUGGAUCUAUCCAAUGUUUGCAAAAUCAGAGCAGUUAUUAAGUACUUUCAGAGUGAUGGGGGGUGGUGAAUAUGUUAGCAAUCGAUUUCAUGAGUUUCUCAGUUCCAAAGGCAUCGUGCAUCAGUUUUCUUGUCCUUACAAACCUCAACAAAAUGGUUUAGCCGAAAGAAAGAACAGACAUCUGGUUGAGACUGCAAUUACCUUAUUGUCAGAGGCUUCUCUUCCUCAACACUUUUGGUUUCAUGCUAUAUCUCACUCUAUAUAUCUUAUCAAUCGCAUGCCUAGCAAAGUUCUUGAUCACAAGUCUCCUUAUUUUCGGUUAUUUCAUCAACACCCAGAUAUUCAACAUUUACGGAUUUUUGGUACUGCUGUGUAUCCCUGUUUCAGAUCCAUCAAUCAAAACAAGCUUCAGGCUCGAACUACAUUAUGUGUUUUUCUAGGCUACCUCAUGGGAUACAAAGGCAUUCUUUGUUUCAAUAUGUCUACUGCCAAGUUGCUUGUGUCUCGGGAUGUUGUUCAUGAUGAAGGCAUGUUUCCUUUUAAACAAGGCGUCCCUGUUUUAGGCUCAUCUUCAUCUUCGGUUGCAUCAACCUCUAGUGCACCCAUCUCUGUUGUUUUACCUAUCCUAUCUCAUGCAGAUGUUCCUCCUCCGUUAUCUGAUCCUCCAGCCAUUCCUCCUAUUCCUAUUGCCUCUGUGUCUUCUCCCUUAGGCCCAAGAACAUCACACUUCUCUUCUCCAUCUGUUGUUCAUGAUCAAGAGCCAAUUCCCACUGUUCUGCCAACUCUUACUCAUCAACAAUUGGAUGUGUUGUUUCCUAGUCUUGAUUCCUCUAGUGCUUCAGAUAUCUCUCCUACUAAUCACCAUUCUAUGCAAACCAGAUCAAAGUCUGGUGUCACUAAAAGAAAAGAUUUUACAGAUUAUGAGUGUUAUCACACUAGUUUACUUGCUCUGCCUGAACUGGAUGAACCAUCUAGUUAUAGAGUUGCUCGGUAUUCUCCUGAGUGGGUCACUGCUAUGCAAGAGGAAAUCUCAGCUUUAAAUACCCAGGGUACUUGGACACUGGUUCCUCCUCCUCCUGGUGUGAAUAUAGUUGGUAGCAAGUGGAUUUACAAGGUGAAAAGAAAUUCAGAUGGAAAUGUGUCUAGGUACAAAGCUCGGCUAGUGGCUCAAGGCUUUAGUCAAACUCAGGGAUUCGAUUAUUCAGAAACCUUCAGCCCUGUUGUUAGACACACGACUGUACGGCUUAUUCUUAGCUUAGCUGCUAUGCAUGGUUGGCAAUUAAGACAAUUGGAUGUAAAGAACGCAUUUUUACAUGGAGAUCUUGAGGAAGAAGUCUAUAUGAAGCAACCUCAAGGUUUCGAGGAUUCCACCCAUCCUCAAUAUGUUUGCAAGUUACGCAAAUCUCUUUAUGGCUUAAAGCAAGCCCCUAGGGCAUGGAAUGCCAAAUUCACAGGAUACCUACCUGCCAUUGGUUUCACAGCUUCUCAGUCUGAUCCUAGCCUGUUUGUUAAGAAAGAAGGUUCUGAAAUAGUUAUUCUUUUGUUAUACGUGGAUGAUAUUAUCCUUACGGGUUCCAGUACAAGUCUUGUUCAAACUACAAUUGAGGAGUUAAGUUCUGUAUUUGAAAUGAAAGACAUGGGGCAGUUAACAUAUUUCUUGGGCUUACAAAUCUCUUAUCUGAGUACAGGUUCAAUUUUUGUUAGUCAGCAAAAGUAUGCAAAGGAGCUACUCGCAAAGGCUGGUAUGACAACUUGUAAAGCUUGUUCCACACCUUGUAAGCCUUAUACACAAGUUCUUCAGACUGAAGGUGAACCAUUGAACGAUCCAUCUUUAUAUCGUAGCAUUGUUGGCGCUCUUCAGUAUCUGACUUUUACAAGGCCAGACUUAGCAUAUUCUGUGAAUACUGUUUGCCAUAUAUGA